AUGUGCAGGCACUCGCGAUACUAUUACGAAGUGCAAGUGCAGGUUUUACCAAUUCUUCGGUCUUUGUACAAAACAUACGGGCCCAUCUCUGUUAUCCAUUUUGACGCUCAUUUGGAUACCUGGCCAGGUUAUGCCGGUUCCAUCACUAAACAAUCCCUUAUAACCCAUGGGACUUUUUUCCAUAUUGCGUAUCAAGAAGGUCUCAUCAGUAACUCGAGCAUCCAUGCCGGUAUUCGAUGUAAACUUGGAGGAGUAGAAGAUCUGCAGAACGACCAAUCAGUCGGUUUUCAACUGAUCUCUACGGACGAUAUUGACGAUAUUGGUGUUACCGAAAUCAUUCGACUCAUUCGAAAUAGGGUGGGAGAUACUCCCGUUUACCUCAGUUUGGACAUCGAUGUCAUUGAUCCAGGAUUGGCCCCUGCAACUGGAACACCUGAAGCAGGUGGCUGGACUACGCGGGAAGUUAAGCGCAUCUUAAGAGGCCUCGCCGGCCUUAAUUUUGUAGGAGCUGAUGUCGUCGAGGUAUCUCCUGCUUUUGACAAUGCAGAGAUCACAGGUAUAGCGGCGGCUGACAUUGUUCACGACAUGCUUUCCAUGAUGCUGUCCGACAAACCUCCUAAAAGUGCUCGGGGGCGUCAACGAAAUAUUCGCGACGAACUGUGA